AUGGUGGGACUUUCCAUUGUCAGCCUCACUUCUGAAUCACCACUAGGUAAAAACAACGUGGAAGUACAUGUUGGGCCGGGGGGGAAACGUAAGCUGAGCACAUGCAAGGACCCUGCCCAGGACUUGCCAUAUCCUCAGCAGAGGCAGCUGGUGCUGGACUUGUGUCUAGACAAGCUACAAAGCUGCCAGCGGCGAGCUGAACCCAGCCUGCACCGUUCAGUCCUGCUGGCCAACACCCUCCGCCAGAUUCAGCAGGAAAUGAGACAGGAGGGGGAAACCUGUUUGCCACCAGCCCCGCUCGGCCCCUCCAUCCCUCACGCCUCCACCCCACGCCACUUCCCUGACCUGCCACCUGUGCCCUUAGACUGUCCUCCACCUUUAACCGGAGCACUGUCCCCUUCAUUCCCCCUCACAAUGGCUGAGGAUGAGGAGGUCCAGUUUGGUUGCAGCGUAAAUGAGACUUUCUUGCCAUCCCUGGCUGGUGAGGAUGACACAAGGUCAUCAGAUUCACUCUUUGGCUCAUUUGAGAUUACCAAUUCCACCAGCUACUUGACAGACUUGGCUUUGGAUGACAUCUUUGAUGACAUUGACACGUCGAUGUACGACUCUGACAUUUCUGUCCUAGCGUUUCCUGUGCAGAGAAGCAGCGGGGUGGACGAUGACCUCAAGAGCCUUUCCAGCUGCACCUCCAACAACAGCCUACAGCUCUGUCUCUCAGACAUCAACGACCUGGACCACAUCAUGGAGAUCCUUGUGCGCUCCUGAAUCACGGCUCGCUCCACAGUGUCCUCAUUCAGCCAUCCCAGUGUUUUCUAUGGGAAAUGAAUAAUACGAUGUUUUCUUUUUUAAAAACAAACACAAAUAUUUUGUCUAUUUUAUACAAAGGACUGAUAUAUUUAUAGAUGAAAAAAGGAAACUGCCUGACACACUCUCACUGUAGGAUAAAUGCACAUUUUUAAGACUUUUUCAGAUGGUCCAGCUUAAGGUGCCAUCCUUCAUAUUUAAGCAAACUAAGAUAUGAAUGUGCAGGGACUUCGGAAACAAAUACAAAGUAUUACCAUUGACGCUUAUUUAUAUUGGAUAGUUGUAUUUAAAAGAAGAUGGAAGAAAAGUGGUUCGUUAUGGAUGCUCCGUAGCUUUUGAUGAGCUAAAAGACAUUUAUUUUUUUUGAACUUCACUGUAUUCUGAAGCAUUACAUUUUAACUGUCAGUAAUUAUGAUUAUCAGAUCAUGUCAUGCACAUGCAGCACUCACACUACCUCUCAAGAUACCAAGAGCUCUUUCUCUGUACAAAGACUGUCAUUGUUACAACUGUAUUUUAAUGGUUUCUCUCCAAUAACUUUCAAAACUGCUGAUUGUUUUAUAUAUGGCUCUCUGUUCACAGGAAAGCCUCUCCUCAAAUGUUAGGAUUCAGUCCAAAGCUAUAUAGCUGUAGAAGAAAGACUUUUGUCUCAGUCUUUCUAUUCAAAAUGUUCUUUUCGAAAUGUUUCUUACUUUGGUUUCAGAACGAGCGAUCUAUAUUUUCGAAUCACUUGGAAUUUAAUGCUAUUUCUACUUUUCACGUACAUGAUUGUCAGACACACAGCCACCGUCGAAUCCCUCGUAUGAACAUAGUGCCUACAACGGAGAAUGAAGACUGCCGACGAUGAACUGCACACUGUGGACCCGCACAUAGACUUGCCCGAGUUUCCUGCUCUAUGCCCAUGAUGCUCUCUAAGUGGGUUGUUUGCCGCUUUUUGAGCAUUUAGCAUGAUCCUCUGUCCUCUAAAGAAGCCAUUACCUGAAUGUGGGACCACAUCUCUCUGCUCUCGCAUUGUGAUCUACACUGUAAAAAACUCAUUGUGGAUGUCUAUGGUUGCCUCUCAUGCUGUGGUCUCAAAGACUAUUUCUGAAUGUCCAAGCUUACUCGAGUGGAGCAGAGAUUAAUCCUAUCUGAUGUCUUACCUGCUUACUUUUCCCUUCAGCACAAGCUUUUAGCCAUUUCAACCACAACUUAGUUAUUAGUUACUACUUAAACUUGUGAAAUGGUAGACCAGUGCAAGGCUCUUAGUUUUUGACCUGUAAU